AUGGCGCGUCAAAAGCUUAGUUUUAGGGAACAAAUGGACGGUUUCCCCUGGAUCCAACUGAUGGUUGUGUCUUUAGUUAGGUUCAGCGAACCAAUUGCAUUUUCGUCAUUAUUUCCGUAUGUUUAUUUCAUGGUUAGAGAUUUCAACAUUGCUCCCAAUGACGCUCAAGUGUCCAAAUAUUCAGGUUACUUAUCUUCAUCAUUUGCCUUAUGUCAAGUCAUAUCUGCGUACCAUUGGGGCAGAUUCUCUGAAAUACAUGGCAGAAAAAUAACAUUGACUUGCGGGCUUAUAGGAACAUCUGUAUCGCUGUUGAUAUUGGGAUUUUCACACAAUUUCUAUCAAGCGUUGGUGGCAAGAAGUUUAAUGGGAUUGCUAAAUGGUAACGUCGGCGUUAUUAGAACCAUCAUCGGUGAAAUAGCCACCGAAAGAAAACACCAGGCUUUAGCCUUCAGUACCAUGCCUUUAUUAUUCCAAUUUGGUGCCGUUGUUGGGCCUAUGAUUGGUGGAUUUCUUGUAUUUAGAGAUGGAACGAUGAAUGAAGUGCCAUCAUGGUUUCCACACUUCGCCAAAAAAAUAAUUAAGUCGUAUCCGUAUGCCCUGCCCAACGUGGUGGUGUGCAUAUUUUUAAUGUUCGGUUUAAUAAAUGCGACCCUGUUUUUGGAAGAAACGCAUCCUCUUUUUAAAAAUAGGAAAGAUUACGGUUUAGAAGUUGGUGAUUUUAUUAAGAAGAAUAUAUUUGGCAUACAGCCGAAAAGGAGACCCUGGCAAAAGUGCAUCCACGGUGAUUCGGAAAACGCUCCUCAUCGUAAUGAGAAUGUAAACAACAAUGGAAGGCAAGUUAAUGAAGAGGAUGAGAAUAGUCCCCUGGUAAAUACUACUAAUGACAAUGAUACUGAAAGUAUACAGUCUAUUGAUCCUAUUUUAACAAGAAGGCAGUCUGUAGGUCUGAUUAGGACCUAUUCUCUGCAUGAACCAACAGACGCCAUGCAUGGCGAUAUCGACACAGCUUCAGACGGUUGUAAAGAAAGCAGUAUAUUUCAUCACGUUUUCCAUACAAAAGUAUUUUACCCUAUAUCGGUGAAUUUUAUUAUGGCUUUACAUUUGAUUGUGUAUAACGAAUUUUUGCCUGUGUUUCUGGCUUAUGAUUUAGCCGUAGAUCCAGAAAAUCCAAAGAGGCUGGCUUCAAAAUUUCCGUGGAAAAUAUCUGGCGGCAUAGGUUAUGAGCCAGAACAAACCGGUACUCUUUUGUCGACAACAGGUAUCUUUGGUUGUUUUGUGGUUAUCUUCAUUUUUCCCAUCGUUGAUCGUAAUUUCGAUUGUUUGACAAUUUUCAGAACUCUAGUCAAGUUGUAUCCUAUCAUGUAUAUUAUGGUUCCUUACGUCGUUUUUUUACAAAGCGAACGGAUUCCUAGUUGGUGUACUGUCGUCUACUUAUACAUAAUCACGGGAAUAAAAACAUUCUGCGGUGCCUUAACGUCUCCACAAAUUAUGUUAUUAAUUCAUAAUUCGAGCCCCUUGAGUUGUAGAUCGGUCAUUAAUGGCGCCACUAUUAGUAUUUCUGCCUCCGCUCGUUUCAUAGGUCCGUUGAUCUGGGGUUACAUUAUGUCUUGGUCUCAGCAGAAUGACGUUGCCUGGGUCAGUUGGUGGUCGUUGAGUCUGUUUUGUAUGGUGGCUCUUUAUCAAAGUUAUAAGAUAGCACCAAUCGAUGAAAACGAAAAUGAGCUACAUCAACAGGCUAGCGAAAGUGCUUACAAUUCACAGUCCGAGUCUUCUGAUUUGAGAAUGACUCAUCGAUCCAGCUUAAGCAGCUUAAGUAACCAACGCUGUACCGCAUGA